AUGAGCACGCCUAAUUUUGACAACAUUGCUGAAGGAAGAGCAAAAUUUGAAAAGUUCGUUGCACAAGUCGGCACCACCAUAACAUCACUGGGUGGUCCAGCAGCAACUCCGGAGGACCUUGCGGCGAUGGCCCGUACGAAAGCCGUAGCGUUUUUCUGGCUGGAACGAUGGGAGACGUCAUUCGCCGCUUUCCUCGCCCGUGAAGCCGGCAACAGCGACAUACAGACUUUGAACGGGUACCGCCUCCUCAAGCUUCACCACAUAGCCUUUGGUAUCUUCAUCGAAGUCGACCACUCAGAAGGCGAGGCGAGCUGGGCCAAGUUCACCUCGCGGCUCAAAGCGGUCGUGGACCUUGCCGACGAGAUUCUGCAGGGCACCCCGAGGCGCAGCGUCGGGUUGCAAGCGCCGCAAGAGCCUUAUGUGAGUUCCUCAAUGGGGUUGGCCGAGCCGUUGUAUCAGACGGUCUCGCGCUGCGCGGAUCCGGAGAUUGUUGAGAGGGCAAGGGGGCUGAUGGCGAAGCUGCCGGCGAGUGAUGGUGCGAACUCCGCGUGGAGGAUGGCUUAUGUGGAGAAGAUUCUUUCGGCUUGUACGGGGAAGCCGUACAUUGAGGGCGACAGCACAAGCGCGACUCCCAUGGACGCCAGUGCUGGAUCUUCCGUGGCUGGCUGA